AUGAGUCCGGAUCGUGUCUCGAUCGCGAGUGGCCAAGAGAUAAUGCUGUUUUCAGUUCGAUGCUUGAAUACGCAGACGAUCCACGUGGGAGUUCCAGUCCACGAGGUCCGGUUGCAGCCGUUGCAGCUCCGCUUCUACAAGCUCUUGUUCACGGAGGCAGUCUUGAUGGGUCUUCGACAUGUCUUCCAACGCCAGUCUGGUCGUGUCAAGCUUCUUGUCAACUCUGUGGAAGAGAUUCUUGUACUUGGAUAUCUUGGCUGUCGCAGCUUGGAGAUCGCCGCCCGAAUUCUGUUCCGCAGCAGCCAAGCGCGAAGUUAUCGCUUCCACUUGCUGUUACGCGACGCACGAUUCACGAGUGCGCAGAUCCUCAACUUGUUUAGACGUCUUUUCGGCUUCUGA